CCAGACGCAUAACAUGCUCCAGUUGCUCUACACCGUUGAUUUAAUCUAACGUAUGUUAUUAAUUGUAAUUAAAUUAUUUAUUAAUUAUGAUUUUAUAAUAAUUGAUUGGUUCUAUUAUUUUUUAAUACGUGCUCUUUAAUCCCUAUACAAAAUUUUUGUAUCUUUUCAUAUUAUCAUGCAUAAUAUUCUUCUAUCUAAUUAAUUGUGCACCCAAUUUUUGUGUGAUUGUGUUCCCAUCAAGUUACAUUCAAACUAUUCCUCAAUUGAUAUAUGUAAAACACAGAAGUCAGAACGAUUAUGUCGUACAACUCCAAAAACCCCCUUUCCCAUAUCCCCUUCAUUCUGACGGACGAACCCUAUCCUCCUUUCACCAUCGAAUCAAUUAUCCUACCAAAUUGUCUUCAAUAACCGAGCUCUGGAUUUUUUCGGGCGCCAUCGCUAUCUAUUGCAUAGUGAAAAUUGCAUACUACUCGAGAGAUGGGGGUAAGGGCUGAUCGGCGGAAAACUCUAUACUGGAAACACAUGCAGACGAAAUCGAUGGAGAUGGCGGUGCGGAGGUCAGACAUCAGAAAUUGCUCAUGGGGAAGUUAAAUUGGUAAUCGCUAUGCCGCAAUCGAUGAUGAUUUCGUCAUUUUCACAAGCUCCAUGACUGUCAUCUUGCACGCCGCCACCGAAAGCCUGAGUUGAUGCUUAUGAGAAUCAGUCGAAUUUGUUGUCUAAUUUUGACGAGUAUUGCAAAAGUGGAAGGGCUGUUGAAAAGAUUUGAUCGAGCUUGGAUGUGACUGGAAGACUGAGGCCCAGGGAGCGAGAACUGAAGGUGUCCACACAUGGUCUGGUAUGGAUUAAUAGUAUUGAAUCUGUAAAUCCUUAAGCUUGUGAUAAUUCCAUUCAGAAGCACUAUCUUGCUCAAUUUGCUUUGUCACUUAGUUGUAAUAAGGUUCUCGUGGAGGGUGUUGGGGAAGAGGCAAAUUCAUAAUGAAAACUAGGGAAAUUUGGGGUGUAAUACGAUUUAAGUAGAGGAUUCUGAACAUAUUAUCACAAGAUUAAGUAAUGCAUCAAUCAUUAAGCUGUUAACGUGGAACAGGUUCAUAUCCUUUCUCUUUCAAACCUUUUUUAGUGGAUUGACAAUCAUUAGUCGCCACAUGGUUUGUUUGUGAAUUUGAUGUAGGGGUCGACAACGGGACAGGACGGGAUACCCAUCGUUUGAAAUGGGUACUGAGUCCCAUUUGGAGAGGAAACUCCAUCCUGUGUCACAACUCGUACGGGUUAACGGGUACCCAUUACCCGUACGAGAUGGAUAACGGGUACCCGCGGGUAACCCAUACACACAAGCCUUAGUAGUGGUCAGACUUGUUGAUUUCAUAUUUCCCUGCUUAGAUGUGGUCAUCUUAGGAUGUAUUUCUUGUUCUGUAAACAGCUUGCAGCCUAUACUACCAGAAUACAGAGGGAAAAGCCAUUCACUAGAGUACUGUAAUGCAAGAUCACUAUAAAUGAAAAGAUCACUAUAAAUGAAAAUGGAACCAAGAAUUGGGCUAAAGACGAGCUGCCCAAGGAAAACUGCAACAUCCCAAACCACAAGCACAUUCGCACAAGACCAUUUGUUGUAUGUUGACUAAAUUCUCUUACUGACUUGCUGUUACUUUUGCAGCACUACACACGACCAGCUUGAUAGAAGGUCAUUCAAACCCAUCAUCAUUGUAAGAGGGGAUUAUUGCCUUUGCCUAACUUAAUAUUGUCAUCCAACGGCACUUUGGCUGUUGCCCACCCCUGAUUUGAUGGGCUGGGAUUAUUAUUUCAGUGUAUUCAGCAGUCUGACCCAGCUACAUCUGAGCAAGAAGGUGAGAUCGUGGACUUCACAACCACUACAUUGGAAAGAAAUCCACAACCAGUCCUUAGAACAAUUAGUGUUCAAAAUCAAACAUUCCUUAGAACUGGUCUGCUUGGGAAACAAUAACGUGCAGUCUGCUUGUAGUAGUACAUGUAUAGUUCUUGUUAGCUAAAUGUUAGUAUAGAUUCUGUUGUAGAUUGAUUAGUUUAUGUUCUCAUUUGAUUGAGUUGUAUCCCUUGUAACCUGUUGGGAUUGAAUUCUCAUUUUCAGAAUACCAUACGUGCUGAAUAAAGUUUUUUUGAGUUGUAUUGUAACCUGUUGGGAUUGAAUUCUCAUUUUCAGAAUACCAUACGUGCUGAAUAAAGUUUUUUUGAGUUGUAUUCAUUAUGCUUCUCAUAAAAUAACAGUUGUUUCUAUUAAGAAGCUGUCAUAUUUAUUUGUUUGUUGUUAUUAAGGUAUCUUGUACUCUUUCUAACACGAUAAAAGCUCACAAUUACCACUUCGGAAUUUCCCAAUUUUUUAGAUAUAUUCUCUCCCAGCUGGUCACCAGACUAGAGUUGUGCAACUGUAAUUAAACCCCACACUUCACUGAAUUACUUGAGUUUGAUAUAAUAGAAUUAGUUUCAUCCCAAACUGAAUAAUUGAAAAUGUACCAAAAGUGUCGAUGCUGUGGAUCUAAACAUAUAGACCAAAGAUUCUAAAACCAUAAACUUCACUAGUUCAACAAACAAACAAGUUCAACAUAGAACAAAAAGAACUGAAUCCCAUGAUAAUGUAAACUGAAAUUUGUUCACCCGAAUACCCAACAGAAAAGCACGCUUAAAUUACGAAAUCACGGAAGCACUAUCUCCAUAUAGCUCUAGUUCUUGUUCAGCCUCUUUCGAUUUUCUUCCUUGUACGUACGAGUCUCGAGUUCAAACCUCGGUGCAUUCCUAUUUGCUUCCUUGAUGACCACAUGUCUUAUGUAAUUUGCAGGUUGUUUGACUAGAUAUACAGCUAGUUGCAUUCUCCUCAUAUCUCCACAUGGCUGAAAAUUUUUCACAAAGACAAUGGAUCUCAAUAGCAAAUUCACUAGGUUGUUUAACUACAAGUUCAAGCAAGUGAAUUGUUGCUUACCCAUAUAAAAUAAUCUUCAUCCCAAGUUGCACCCAUCAUCCAUACGCACACCCAAACGCCACUGUCAUACCUACAUAAAUUUAGAUGAAGCAUAUGAUCAGUUGUGAGUAUUUUUUUCAAAUUUAUGCAUGAGGAAUGAUUCUUACUCGUAACGUUGUUCAGGAACUGAAGGAAUUGUCAAAGAGAACUCCUUCAUCACUGGGGGAUCGCUCAUUUGUUCCACUUGUAAAUAAAGAUCCUCGAACAAGGCAUCGAGAAAUCCAAUCUACAUAAGAAGUAACUUUAUUACAAAUAGAAGAGAACAACAAUCCAGUUCACAAAUAUAAUCUUAUUCCACGCACAAAUUCUGACCAUACCAUAGUUUGUACUGCAUCUUUACGAGGUGUUUGGCGCUCUUUAGAAGGAUAUGAAUCCAAGAUAUGAACUUGCUUGUCAUCCAUCAAGAUGACAACUGAUGCUCUAAAACACAACACCUAACAAUGGCCAAGUGUAACCAAUGAAAGGGACUGCAGUAUAGUGACACAAGUAAUAAAUAUCGAAUCCACGGGUCUCUAGAGUUACUAUUACUCAGCUUCAGUUCAUUAUCUAGCAAACUAGAUUAAGGAUUGAUUAACUAAACUACUCUACUAACUAAACUAAGUAAAACUACUAAUUACAGUUUGGGAACUCACUUAGGUAUGAUUCCCCCUAGCUCCUCAAUUAGGACCAAGUUGUAAUUCCUUUUGGUUGAUUUACUGUUGAUUAAACUGCGGAAGAUCCGACAGUAGCUUGGAAUCUCUUAAGCUGACCAAUCCCUCUCAGUCUAACUAUCCGGCAGACGACUAGUCUUCACCGGGAUAGAAAGCUGAAGCAAUAAGCACAGAACUCCACUACUGGAAUUGGAUUCCAGUACAAAGCAGUAAACUGGCUAACUCUCGUAUAGCUAAUCUCCUACUACCGAAUGAUGAGACUCUAGCAACCUAAUCAGAUUCUAUCUAUCUCAGAUUGCAGCAGGAAUCAGGAAAAGUUGAUCAGACUUCAAUUGACUCAAUAAACAUGCAUCAUUCGAUUAUAAUCAAACAAUAUAGCAUCCAAAAAUUCAUACAAGAAAGAUCCUAACUCAUGGAACUAAGGUUCGUCAAAACCUAAGUGAAGGGAAGUUACUCCAUAGAGAAGAGAGAGACUGCAGAAAUCUGAUCUAGAUCUUCAAUCUCCAUCUCCAAGCUUGAUUCCCGAGCUCCAAUGGCGAAGAAAUCCUCCAAAAUAGCUCCAAGAAUGUUCCCAAGUCGCUCUCUCUCUCUAGGGUUCGUCCCUUGGGUGUUUGGGAUCCAAAACCCAGCUCUCCCCCUUUCCUUUUGCUGAAAAUUGGGUUUUAAACAGCAAUUCCCGACUCACACGGCCAGGCCACACGGCCGUGUGGCUUUCCCCGCUGCCCGUGUGAAGGCUCGGUGAUUUCCACACGGCCACAUGGCCAGGUCACACGGCCGUGUGGGUUGUGCCCGUGUGGCUUGCUCAACCUCUGUUUAAUGCCUCGUUUCUCCCUCGUCCGGACUCCGAAUCAGUCGCCGUUUGAUCCCAGGCGCUCGUAGUCUCUUCCUCUUUCUAUUCAUGAAAAGCUUGCAUGAUUAUUUUUCCAUAAAGUGAGGUAUAAAUCCAUUCUUCUUCAGGUCAUACCCGAGUUUCUUCUCCCGAAUCGUCAAUUGAUCUCUGAUUGACUUGAAACUUGCGCCUAUGCUUCACUUUAUGUGCUAGGACCUGAAAUGUGACAAAGGAACACAACCUAGCGUAAAAUAGGCCAAAGACACGAUAAUUCAAGCUCAAACAAUCAAGAAACAAAGGGGAAAACAUGUGCAAAUACCGAGUCAUCAAAUUCCCCCACACUUAACUGUUUGCUUGUCCCCAAGCAAACCUAACUCAAACCAAUGCAGCUCUCCAGAGCUCUAUAGCAACAUACAACCCCGAUCUUCGGUAGAGGAUUUCCUAGAUGAUAUAGCAACUUACGAGGUCAACUGGUCUUCUAAGACGUUCCCUAUCUCUCUCAAUGCGAGUACUAGACUCAAGCCAGGAUCAUGAGAAAAAGUAGAAGUAAGACAGUCAGUUCGUGGAUAAAGGGACUCACACCAUUCACAACCAAGGAUUCGUUGUACCGGGGUGCUCUUUCACUUCAUUUCACCGUUGGAACCCCUUUUUCUCACUUUCAUUUACAUUUUUUCUUUCAUUUGGUGGGGUUCCAACUGCAGUCUUUUGCACGGUCGACCCUUAUUAGUCGAGCAAGAGCAAUUUCUGUACAUCUGGAGCUCGCCAGAGUACUUCUUUUAACUCCUUUUCCUCAACUCGUGUGGAGGGUCAAUGAAAUUAAGGGGGGUCGGAAGCUCUAUCCGUGCCCUUAAAAACACAUCCUCAAGUAGGCAAACCGUUCAACGGGUGGAAGUUUUACUUGUACUAGAGACAACUUAGCUUCACCUUGUAGGAGUACCCCACUAAGGAUCACUAAAAUCUCUUCCAAAACCCGAUUUUGUGCAAUGAACGGUGCCGCACACGUUGGGCUUACCCCAUGUUUAAGAUUUAAUGAUUUUGACAUGGAGGACCAACUGCUUCCCAUUUUCCAUAUGAGCACCCUGUUCGAUACACGAGUCCAUAACAUAAUCCAAACAGAGUCACCAUUACCACAUGAAUUCAACGGUCUUAGCUCCACUAAUUCACAAAAUCAACUGGCACAACAGAGAGCUAGAUAGGAAAAAUCUUAUACUUCAACAUCCUCCAUAGUGCUACACUACCUCCCUAGGUUGCACAUUACUAUAGAUACUGUCAAUUCAAAGCAUACUGAGCAGGCAAUUUGCAAGGAAACACAUACUUGGAGCCCUCAAAUUUAAAAAUUUGGAUAGUGGACUAGGCUCCAAGCACACAAACAGCCAAACGUUCACCCACAUACAUAAUCGAACACCCCCCCACACUUAAGCACGACAUUGUCCUCAAUGGAGGAAAGAUAAGGAGGGUAGAACGAAGUUACCAGAUCAAGGGUGAAUGAUGAUGUACGGGUCAGGCAGUGCAUUCCAGGAAGAGAGAGUAAUCAGAACACAAACACCACACAAAAUCUCACAAAGGUUGAGUUAUUGCUAAAUGAUCUAGGAAGUCCUCUACCUACGAUCUGGGGUGUUUGUUGCUAUAGAGGUCUGGAGAGUUGCAUUGGUUUGAGUUAGGUUUGCUUGGGGACAAGCAAACGUUUAAGUGUGGGGGGAUUUGAUGACUCGGUAUUUGCACAUGUUUUCCCCUUUGUUUCUUGAUUGUUUGAGCUUGAAUUAUCGUGUCUUUGACCUAUUAUAUGCUAGGUUAUGUUCCUUUGUCACAUUUCAGGUCCUAGCACAUAAAGUGAAGCAUAGGCGCAAGUUUCAAAUCAAUCAGAGAUCAAUUGACGAUUCGGGAGAAGAAACUCGGGCAUGACCUGAAGAAGAAUGGAUUUCUACCUUACUUUAUGGACAACUAAUCAUGCAAGCUUGUUAUGAAAAGAAAGAGGACGAGACUACGAGCGUCUGGGAUCAAACGAGGACUGAUUCGGAGUCCGGACGAGGGAGAAACGAAGCAUUAAAUAGAGGCUGAGCAAGCCACACGGGCACGACCCACACGGCCGUGUGAACUGGCCAUAUGGCCGUGUGGAAAUCACCGAGGGCUCACACGGGCAGCUGGGAAAGCCACACGGCCGUGUGGCCUGGCCGUGUGAGUCGGGAAUUGCUGUUUAAAACCCGAUUUUCAGCAGAAGGAAAGAGGAGAGCUGGGUUUUGGAUCCCAAACACCCAAGGGACGAACCCUAGAGAGAGAGAGAGCGACUUGGGAACAUUCUUGGAGCUAUUUUGGAGGAUUUCUUCGCCAUUGGAGCUCGGGAAUCAAGCUUGGAGAUGGAGAUUGAAGAUCUAGAUCAGAUUUCUGCAGUCUCUCUCUUCUCUAUGGAGUAACUUCCCUUCACUUAGGUUUUGAGGAACCUUAGUUCCAUGAGUUAGGAUCUUUCUUGUAUGAAGUUUUGGAUGCUAUAUUUUUUUAUUAUAAUCGAAUGAUGCAUGUUUAUUGAGUCAGUUGAAGUAUGAUCAACUUUUCCUGAUUCCUGCUGCAAUCUGAGAUAGAUAGAAUCUGAUUAGGUUGCUAGAGUCUCAUCAUUCGGUAGUAGGAGAUUGGCUAUACGAGAGUUAGCCAGUUUACUGCUUUGAACUGGAAUCCAAUUCCAGUAGUGGAGUUCUGUGCUUAUUGCUUCAGCUUUCUAUCCCGGUGAAGACUAGUCGUCUGCCCGAUAGUUAGACUGAGAGGGCUUGGUCAGCUUAAGAGAUUCCAAGCUACAGUCGGAUCUUCUGCAGUUUAAUCAACAGUAAAUCAACCAAAAGGAAUUACAACUUGGACCUAAUUGAGUAGCUAGGGGGAAUCAUACCUAAGUGAGUUCCCAAACUGUAAUUAGUAGUUUUACUUAGUUUAGUUAGUAGAGUAGUUUAGUUAAUCAAUCCUUAAUCUAGUUUGCUAGAUAAUGAACUGAAGCUGAGUAAUAGUAACUCUAGAGACCCGUGGAUUCGAUAUUUAUUACUUGUGCCACUAUACUGCAGUCCCUUUCAUUGGUUACACUUGGCCAUUGUUAGGUGUUGUGUUUUAGAGCAUCAAGUUUUUGGUGCCGUUGCCGGGGACUUUCUAGAUUAUUAGGAAAGGCAGAAGUUUGUUACUUUAGCGUUUUUCUUUUGUUUUCCGCCCUUGCUUUUCACUUGGGUGUUUUUUGUUUUUGUUGGUGAAGAUCUGAAUCAUGGACCCUUAUGGCUUCUCCAAUCAUUGGGGGUAUCCACCACCAUCCGAGUGGUAUUACCCCGAGACUCCCUGGAGCAAUCAAGGAGGAGAAGACUAUGGAUUCUGGUUCCAGUACCAACCCCCUUUCUACGGAGAACAACCAGACCCCUGGGCAUAUCAAGAACAACCUCAUUACCAAGAAGACUUUCUCCCACAACCAGAAGGGCCAUCGGAGCUGGAGUUACCCAUGGCGGCCUUCACGGGCCACUCUGCAGAGCCAUGCUACACUUCACUGGAGGAUCCGAACGAACAAUUAAGGCUUCUCGUGGAGCAGUUUGCUCGAGACACUGAGAAAUCAUGCUCCAAGAUGGAUAUUCAAAUCAAAGCCCUUGCCACUUCCGAUUCCUCAUUUCUCCAUGAUAUGGAGGAGACUGUUCAGCGCUCAGCGAAGCAAACAGAGUGGGUGAAGCAAGUUUGCUCACAUCUUUCUCAAGAUCACCUUUCUGCUGCCACGCUAGAAGAGGUGGAGGAUGACAAAGGCUAUGGGAGCGUUGAGGAUCAUACAGAAGUUAUCACAGAGAACUCCCAUGAUAACCAUGAUCAGGAAAGUCCUUUGGUUGCAGACCACACCUUUCCUCAUUUAUGCUCUAACAUGCUGGGCCCGUGCGAGGAGAUGCAAGAUGAUCCCAUUGAAGAAAUUGCUUGGCGACUUGCUCUCCAAUCUGUUCUAGAAGAAGAAGAGCGAGCAAGGAUGAGGAAGGAAGUUGUGGAUGAUGAGGAAGAAAGAAAAGAAGAGGUGGUUCUUGAUCUUUUCCCAGGGGAGAGACCACAUUUUGAAGAAGGAAGGGGGGUUGAGGAAGCAAUUGGCGUCCAGGCUGAGGAUGAAGUUGAGGUGGAAGAGGCAUGCACCGGCCAUGAGUUGCAAGUAAUAUCCCCACCAAACUUUGAGGAACUGCUUGGCAAGGACCCAUUUGCAGUGUCUCUUUGCCAGACCAAGGCCACAUCGACAUCGGUCCCUCUUGGUGGACGCGAUGGUGGCCAAUCGAUGCUGUCAUAUCUGGUUUGGGGCAAUUUGACGAGAGAAGAGAAGAAGAGGUCUCAAGGGUGGAGACUUCAUCUGCAUCAAGUACAUGAGCCUUCAUCACCUGCCACACCACAUGCUCGUGACUUGAGACUCCACCUCAUCGACGAGAACCUCAACUUCAAGGAGGUUCUAGCAUGGACCGAAACUUAGGAGCCAUCGUCUGGCUCACGACGUGAAAGAAGCGCUUGUUGGGAGGCAACCCAACCAGUCGGUUUGCAUUUCUUUCUCUAUUUCUCCUCGGUCGAGUCAAUUUUGUUAUUUGAUUUUAGAGUCAAUAACUCAACCUUUGUGAGAUUUUGUGUGGUGUUUGUGUUCUGAUUACUCUCUCUUUCUGGAAUGCACCGCUUGACCCGUUCAUCAUCAUUCACGCUUGAUCUGGUAAAUUCGUUCUACCCUCCUUAUCUUUCCUCCAUUGAGGACAAUGUCGUGCUUAAGUGUGGGGGGAUGUUCGAUUAUGUAUGCGGGUGAAUGUUUGGCUGUUUGUGUGCUUGGAGCCUAGUCCACUGUCCAAAUUUUUAAAUUUGAGGGUUUUAAAUUUGAGGGCUCCAAGUACGUGUUCCUUGCAAUUGCCUGCUUAGUAUGCUUUGAAUUGACAGUCUUUAUAGUAAUAUGCAACCUAGGGAGGUAGUGUAGCACUAUGGAGGAUGUUGAUGCAUUUAAGAAAUCUCAUUUCUUCUUCAUAUUGUGUUGGUUGAUUGAGUGAAUUAGUGAUCUUAGGACCCUUGAAUUGUGUGGUGUUGUGUACUCUCUACCUGUCAUGGACUCUUGUAUCAUGUUUUGAAAGUAACAGGUGCUCGAAAAUGUGCUUCAAAAUAACGUCUCCCGUGCGAAUAGGGCGAAAGUGUGUAAGGGGAGACGGGAAUUCGUUCCCAAUUUCCACCUACUACCUCCAGCCCCCUUACAUGUCUUUCCCCCGCACGAGGCUCGAGACAUCCGCUCCUGGCAUGGCCGGUAAGAGCAGGUUGGGACCCUUGAAACAAAAAAGAGUAAAGAAAAAAUAACAGAAAACAAGCAAAACAGAAAGAAAAGGGGUUCCAAGCAUCUUCAAAGAAAAUAGAGCACCUUGAAAAAUGUGAGUCCAUGAUCCUUUGAUUUCCACGGCAACGGCGCCAAAAACUUGAUGCUCUAAAACACAACACCUAACAAUGGCCAAGUGUAACCAAUGAAAGGGACUGCAGUAUAGUGGCACAAGUAAUAAAUAUCGAAUCCACGGGUCUCUAGAGUUACUAUUACUCAGCUUCAGUUCAUUAUCUAGCAAACUAGAUUAAGGAUUGAUUAACUAAACUACUCUACUAACUAAACUAAGUAAAACUACUAAUUACAGUUUGUGAACUCACUUAGGUAUGAUUCCCCCUAGCUCCUCAAUUAGGUCCAAGUUGUAAUUCCUUUUGGUUGAUUUACUGUUGAUUAAACUGCGGAAGAUCCGACAGUAGCUUGGAAUCUCUUAAGCUGACCAAGCCCUCUCAGUCUAACUAUCCGGCAGAAGACUAGUCUUCACCUGAAUAUCAUCACCAUGCAUCAUAUCUUUCAUUGGCAGACACAACUACAUUACGACAAGAAAGACCAAAAUCAGUAGACCAUAUUUGACAUUCCAUUUAUGAAAAAGUUAAAUAGCUUGAUUGGAGAAAAAAAAUUAUUCACAUAUAUCUUCAUACAAUAGCUAGAAACAAUUAAUGAGGAAGCCAAAAGUGAAAUGCAGAAGAAGUAUUGAGAAGAAAACCUUUCUGCAGGUGUGAGCUGUUGUGAGAAACUUUGUACCGUAACACUCUAAAGCUUUUUUCGAUGUCAUGCCAUAGUUAAGUACCAUUUCCUAAUCCUGAUUUGAUUAAAUUAGCAGAAUUAACGUUUAUUAUAUAUCAUAGAACAAACAAUAUAUUUCACCUAAAAUAAAUGUACAAGGUAAAUCAAUAUGUACCUGCAGUUCAGUAGGCAGAAAACAUACUCUUCUUCCACGACCAGCAUCCCUCGAAAUUUCGUCCAGGGUCAAGUGGCAAGUCAUUGCUGUAAUUACCUAAUACACCAACCAACCAGGGUAUACAAAUUUUAGGAGAUUGGUAUUAUGCUAGUUGAACGGUAAGGAGAGAGGUAAGGUGCAAUCUGUUACUAACUCUAUUGAAAAUGAGAAGCAAAGAAAGCAUAUUAGAAGAGGCCUAGCUUCUUCGAUAGGCUGAAGUAAUCAGUGGCCUUUUCUAAAGUUUCAUGCUUGAAGUUCAUGGUUAUCUGUUGAAGCUUAUCGAGACCUUACCCAUAUUUCUGCAUGCUGUGACAAUUUCAAUGCAGGAACAACUAUAUUCAGGCCAGUAUAUCCUCAAUUAAACAACUUAGCUAUCACCGAGCAGACUUUCCAUUUUGAAUUUCGAGAAGAAUCGUAAUUAGCUAGUUACUAAGCCAAUUAUUACCAUGUACUUAGCAUCAAUGAAAGCAUCAUUAACUCCAACACUUCCAGAUUGGCCCUAGAUGUGGCAAUGCUGCCUAACUAAAAAAUUUGCCAAUAAUUUGUAUUAAAAACUUUUUUUUAUAAUGGUGAGUAAUGGAAUUAAAUAGAAGAACCGUGUACAGAUACAAAAACAAAAUCAGAGAGGAAACUAGAAGCAAAGUUGCACCAGCAGUGCACUCCUCAAAGAAACAAAGGGAAUUAAAUAGAAGAACAGUGUACAGAUACAAAAACAAAAUCAGAGAGGAAACUAGAAGCAAAGCUGCACCAGCAGUGCACUCCUCAAAUAAACAAAGGGAAAAGGGCAAAAAUACACAGGAGAAAAAAAAAACAACAAACCAAAGGCAGGUCAAAUAAACAGGCACCACCAAAGAAAGAACGACAACCACCAGACUCAAAUUCUGGGUAGAAAGGACAUGAUCCAGGCUAACCCUUGAUCCUUAUCAAUUUUCCCACGAAUCGUCAUCUACUCAUUAACAAAUGAUGUGCAAACAACAAGAUAUAAAACACCCUUCAACAUCCUGAUUAGUAACAGUAGGCCAGGAUUAAAACUUACAUCAGCAUCAACAUUGGAGUUAGGGCAGAGGGACCAUAGCGCCUUUCGCGUAUAGGAUUUUAUCAUGGUAUCGACUAGGACCUCUUUUAACGGAAAUAUGUAGUGAGCAAGUUUGAUUUCCUCCUCACUGUAGUUGAUAGCGUGAGGCAACCUAAACUUAGUUUCUGCCUGCAAUGGAAGACGAAAGAAUAUUAGUGGGUUCGAUAAAAAUAUAACCACUGAUUCCAUUUUAAGGCAGAAAAAUAUUAGCGGGGUGGAUAAAAAUACCUUUUUGGUGAAUUGCAGGGUAGAAGAUCUGGUACGACUUUUGCAGACUAAAGCAUUACCAUCUCCCCUCGAUUCACCAUCAAGAACAAUCAUAUUUGAUCCCGGCGUCGAUGGAGGGAUCACACCGACAUCAGUUCUAGCUUUCUUUACCGGAGAUACAUCCUUCUCCAGCUCCUACGUUCAUAGUAACAAAAACAAUAGUCGUUCUUUAGUUUUUAACGAAAAAUAAGCUGCCAACGAUGGAGAUAUGAAAACAUGUAAACUGAUCUUGUCAUUAUCCCGUUGUCCAUAACGUGCUUCAUCUUGUUCUUCUCCCUGAGAUAAAAAAAAAAGAAAUCAUAAUGAACAAAAGAGGAAUUU